AUGACUGAUAUGCUCCAGAAUGCAGAAGAUUCUCCAGGGGGAGAGAGUGGAGGUGAAGUGAAGAGCAGGGUGCUUCUCCUAGUCGUAGUUGCUGUUGUCAUCAUCAUCAUCAUCAUCACUGUGAAGUGGGCUGACCAUUCUAGAGAGCUUGCUGUGUUCCAGGAACUACAGGUUGCUUUUGUAAUGAAGAAGCACUUAAAUACUCAUCUACUAGGCAAGCAUGGAGUUGGCACCCCAAAAGAAAGGAAAUUUACAUGCCACUUAUGUGAUAGAAGUUUCACAGAGAAGUGGGCCCUGAACAACCACAUGAAACUCCACACAGGAGAGAAGCCAUUUAAGUGCACCUGGCCCACGUGCCAUUACUCAUUCCUCACAGCCUCCGCAAUGAAAGACCACUACAGGACGCACACAGGCGAGAAGUCGUUCCUGUGUGACCUCUGUGGCUUUGCCGGCGGGACCCGGCACGCCCUCACGAAGCACCGCAGGCAGCACACAGGAGAAAAGCCUUUCAAAUGUGAUGAGUGUAACUUUGCCUCCACAACCCAGUCCCAUUUGACUCGGCAUAAACGUGUGCACACUGGAGAAAAGCCCUACAGAUGCCCCUGGUGUGACUACAGGUCAAACUGUGCUGAAAAUAUCCGCAAACACAUUUUGCAUACUGGCAAGCAUGAAGGAGUCAAGAUGUACAACUGCCCCAAGUGUGAGUACGGGACAAACGUUCCUGUGGAAUUCCGAAACCACUUGAAAGAACAACAUCCUGAUAUUGAAAACCCUGACCUCGCUUACCUGCAUGCUGGCAUUGUUUCCAAGUCCUACGAAUGCCGUCUGAAGGGACAAGGAGCCACCUUCGUGGAGACAGACAGCCCCUUCACCGCGGCCGCGCUGGUGGAAGAGUCUCCAGUCCAGGAGAAAUCCCCUCGGCACCGCAAGCGGCAGGCCCAGCCCCCCGAGCAGGCGCAGCAGGUCAUCAUCAUCCAGGGCUACCAUGGGGAGUUUGCCCUGGACGCCUCCAUGGAGGAGACGGCUGCCGCCACGCUGCAGACGCUGGCCAUGGCCGGCCAGGUGGCCAGGGUGGUGCACAUCACCGAAGACGGGCAGGUCAUUGCCACCAGUCAGAGCGGGGCGCAAGCGGGCGGUGUGGUGCCUGGGCCCAUCCUGCCCGAGCAGCUGGGGGAGGGAGCCACGCAGGUGGUCGUCGUGGGUGGUUCCAUGGAAGGUCACGGCAUGGAUGAGUCCCUCAGCCCUGGCGGUGCUGUGAUACAGCAGGUGACCAAGCAGGAGGUUUUGAAUCUGUCGGAGGCUGGGGCCCCUCCCCACGACGCGUCCUCAGCCCUGGAUGCGCUGCUGUGUGCAGUCACUGAAUUAGGCGAGGUGGAGGGCAGGGCUGGGUCCGAGGAGAAGGGCAGUCCUAGCCCCAAGGACCUGCUGAUCCAGCUGCCCGGCCAGGAGGCGUCCCACACGGCCACCGCCCCGGAGGCCCCGGAGAUCCAGGUGUUCCGAGAUGCUCAGGAGAGCCCGGCCGCUGUGGAAGUGCUGACCCAGGUCGUGCGCCCUGCGGCUAUCCUUGCCCCCCAGGAGCGCGCACAGGUGGCUUUCAAAAAGGUGGUCCAGGGAGUGCUCCAAUUUGCCGUGUGCGACACAGCUGUGGCCGGCCAGCUCAUCAAAGAUGGCAUCACGCAGGUCAUCGUGAACGAGGAGGGUGCCGUGCACAUGGUGGCCGGGGAGGGCUCUCAGAUCGUCAUGCAGGGGGCCGAAGCCCGAGGACUGCGGGUGCAGGACGCGCACGUGGGCCUGCUGGAGCCCGGCAGCGACAUCUCGCAGAUCAUCGUGACGGAGGAGUUAGUGCAGGCCAUGGUCCAAGAGUCCAGCAGCAGCUUCCCCGAGGGGGCCACGCAUUACAUCGUGACCGAGUUGCCUCCGGGUGUGCAGGACGAUGCUGGCGUGUACUCCCACACUGUGAUAGAGGCGGCGGACUCUCAGGAGCUCCUGCAGGCCGGGGCCGCACUGGGCGCCGAGGCCCUGGCCCCAGGUGGUGCGGAACAGUUGACCAGCAUGGUCAUUUACACCCAGGACGGCUCCCCGGCGGCGACAGUAAUUCAGAGCCAAAGAGAAAGCAGCGAACUGCAGGAAGCGUGAGGCGCGCGUGGUCACUGGGACCCAGAGCAGGUGGGCGUGUCCAGUCUGUGCCGGCUGUGCUCCCUGAACAUCCUUCCUAGCCCUCCAAAGUGACGGCGACGUGCGCUACCAUGAAGGUGCGGAUGGCAGGUAGCCCGAGCGAGAGCGCGCUGCGGAGGCAGCGGGAAGGCCGGGCUCGGUGCUGGCAGGCCGCAGGGCCUGUGCGCAUCGGAUCCUGUGCCCCUCGGGUCUUUCUUUAAUGGCCUUUCUUCCCGUGUGCUGAGAAGCUAAAUUCGUCUGUUGGUUCUUCCCCCCCACAGGUGUUUUCCCACUUCAGUUCUCAAAAAUUAUGCCCCAGGGGUGGAAAAGUAAGAAUGUAUCUUGAGGCUUGGGAGCAUCUGCUCUUGCAGACCAGCAUGUAACUGUUUUAACAUUUUAUUAUAUAUCUGGUGGAAAAUUUCGGCUACAGUUAUUACCAUCUUGAAGUAGCUCACUCCCAUUGUUUUUUUUGUUUUUUUUUUCUUUGAAAUUUUAAGAUAACAUUGUUCCUAAACCAAAGGAUGCCUGUUAGUUCAUUUCAUAUAUAAGUUUCCUCUCUUCACACAUUUUAGGUGUAUUCAUUUCUCGGUUGCAUUCUGCAUAACCUGUGGUUAAGAAAAGCCUCGAAGUUUAUAUUCAAUUAAAAUAUACCUUGGUUAAGACAACCCACUGCUUCUAAUUUUGACUUAGUUUCAUACGGUAAAGUAUAUAUGAAAUGUGCACUCUGGAAAAUAUUGUUCACAUUGAUAAUUUGCUUUUUAUAACAAAGGUUUGUUUGUAUUGAUAUCAUUUUUGCAGGAUUUAUUUGAGAUUUAUGUCAGCAUGAAAAAGCUGACAUUAAACAUUAACAGACAAACUGCCCUGUAGCCCUUGCCUCGACCUGCAUUGUGUGUUUAGCUGUGGAUUCACUGCAACUGUCGAAUGCAAGUUUAUGUUGCAAUAAUUUGUUUCUUGAAAUGAUUGCUCUUAUUUCUUUUCCAAAAGUGUAAAAUAAUCCCCUCCCUCAAAUGCAAAGUUUGUUUUUGUUCUGUUUCUGUUUUCUUUGAAAUAAAAUGAUAGCAUUAAAA